AUGAAUGUCACCGCCAGAACAAGUUUAUCCAGCUUUUUGAGCAAGAGGAAGCGGGACCGUGCUGAGCAACUUGAGCGCUUCCGAAGUGCGAUUUCUAAUGGAGACGACAGUCGCCGAAUGACUUUCCUUCUGGAAACCAUGCGAGUGGUGAACAACAACCUCCCUUUUCGAAUCGGGGAAUAUGAAGAAUCUAAACUGCUUGCUGAUUUGACUCUCUGCAAAAAAUAUCGAGUCACACUUAACCAUCAGACGGUGUUCCGGGCAAUAGCCGAGCUGUAUUCAAGUGCCAGAAGCGCGGCCUGCUCGUACAUUGAUCGCUCCAGACUUGUCGGUGUGCCGGUGUACUCAGUGGUGUGUGAUUUCCUGGCGUCGAAGACGCAGAAGUCGACCAAAUACGUUGGCCUUCGUCUCUACUUUAUCGACCAUGAGUGGAAGUUCCAGUCGAUCCUGCUAGGUACUCGUCAUUAUGAACCCAUGUACGGCGAGAGAAGCGAGGGGAAUCGCGAGCCCGACGCUGGUCCGGACGUCAAGUGGAUGAUGAAGACAGGACUUGGUCUCCAAUGGGAAUGGUGCAUGCCGCAUCUUACAAACGCAGCGACGAAAAUGGCAUUCGGCAUUGUUUCGCAACGCCCAAAGUCCAAGAAUCCCGAGGGUACCGAUCUACUGGCUCGCAUCAAGCGCACUACGUUUGCAAUCCGGUCCAAUACAACUAUGGGGAGCCUCUUUGCUGAGCUUUGUAAAAUGGCGAACGAUGGGGGCUCUACCCAGCUGAUUGAACACAAAGAGCACCGAUUUAUGGGGGUUGGAGAAGACUGGUUUCAGGAGCGUACCGACAAAGCCAUUCGUGACCGAGACGAUAUACCCGAGGGCCUACCGAUUGCAGACGACAAGGAAACCCUUAUUCAACUCUAUGGGUUACUCAACCCAAUUGCCGCUCUCAACACCAAAAACCAAAAGGAAGACGCAAACCAAGUUGAUGUGCUUUUGUCUCUUUAUCGACUUCGGCAGACCGUCUUGGACGAGACACAGCCCAUCCGAGACAGAGUGCGAUUGCCUACCGAGCCUCCACUGUACUAUCAAGUGCGGUGCCUGGUUAAUCUCACGAAGACUACACGUGCUCUGCUCGCAACAGCGUUUCACAAGAACUUUUUCGUGCGGUACACGGACCCAGCGCGCUUCCGUCAGACGGCUUAUAUACCAGAGUUCAGAUGCUGUUGCAUCCUUCAUCCAAGAAUCAAGACAUAA